UCUUGGUACUGGUGGAGACUGGGUGGCUGUGCGCAGGUGUUACUUGGCUAGUGCGUUAUUAUCAAACCUGUCCAGUGGACCAAGCUAAGGACGUUAUGCUAGGUUUGGUGAUAUCGAACUGGUGCCUGCUGGCAUUGAUGGUGGUGACCAUUUGGUGCACGUAUGAUGCCGCUGGCAGGUCCUGGGUGAAGAUGAAGAAGUAUCAGCGCAGCAUGAGGGAGGCGGAAUCGAGGGGGGCAAGAUUGCAUUACAAGCGCAGCGGCAGUAGAAGUCGAAAUUGGCGACAACGAAAAGUCAUACGUGCCUACCAGGACAGCUGGGACAAUAGAUGCAGAUUGUUGUUCUGCUGCAUGGGUAACUCCGAUCGUAAUCGAAAUUCGUUCGCCGACAUCGCCCGACUGCUGAGCGACUUCUUCCGCGACCUGGACGUGGUGCCGUCGGACGUGGUGGCCGGUCUGGUGCUGCUCAGAAAAUUCCAAAAGAUCGAGCGCGAGUUGAUAGUCAAGCAGCGCAAGAACGACACGUACGAGUUCCUGUCGGGAGUGCCGGUCACUUCGCGCACAAAGUUCCUGUCCCUGACGGAGGACGGCGAUCUGGUCCAUUUUCAGCUGGCCAUCCACUACAUGCACUUCGCCCUCGCCGCCUACGGUUGGCCCAUGUUCCUCGUCGAUCCUUCCACCCAACUCUGCCAGUUAUGCACUAGAUUGCAAUGUUGCUGCUGCCUUCCGUGCGGCGCCCGUCACGAGGACACGGCAAUCGUCGAGGACAAUUGUUGUCGGUGCAAUUACGCCGCCCUGAGCAGGAUGCUCGACCUGGGGGAGAUCGAAGUCGUUUAUGCGACCUUCCACGUUGACGUUGGCGAAACGCCGUUCUUCGUUGCGCUCGAUUAUACCAAGAGAAAGAUUGUGAUCAGUAUACGAGGGACCUUAAGCAUGAAGGACGUGCUGACAGACCUGAACGCCGAAGGUGAGGUGCUGCCUUUGUCGCCGCCAAGGGAGGACUGGUUCGGGCACAAGGGAAUGGUGCAGGCCGCCGAAUAUAUACGCAAGAAGCUGCAGGAGGAGGACAUUAUCGCGCGUGCUCGCGCAAAGAAUCCCUCCAGGGGUACGCAUCAAUUCGGGCUGACCUUGGUGGGGCACUCGUUGGGCGCUGGCACGGCGGCGAUCCUCGCGAUCCUGCUGAAGCAGGACUACCCGGACCUGAUGUGCUUCUCGUACGGUCCGCCCGGCGGACUGUUGAGCAUGCCCGCCCAGCAGUACACGCAGGAGUUUAUCACCUCCGUGGUGGUGGGCAAGGACGUUGUACCGAGGAUCGGACUUCGGCAGAUGGAAAGUCUCAGGGCGGACCUCAUCAACGCCAUAAAGAGAAGCGUCGAUCCUAAGUGGAAGACGAUAGCGUGCUCGGUGAUGUGCUGCGGCUGCGGCUCGACACCCACGUCGGCGGCCAACCUGGAGGCCGGUGGUUGUAUCAGCGAAUACCAGCGGGACAAGGAUCGGGCGCGCGCGCAGACGAUCGUACCCAGCGAUUCCAGCAUCGCCCUGACACUGCACAGGCCGCUGUAUCCGCCGGGGCGGAUCAUACACGUGGUGCGACAUCAUCCGAACAAGGGCGAGCAAAAGUAUGAGACGCAUUGGAGACAAAUGUUGAGCAAGCACGAGCCAGUGUACCAGGCACUGUGGGCCGGUCCGUGCGACUUCGACGAGGUGCUAAUCAGCCCGGUGAUGAUACAGGACCACAUGCCGGACAACAUGCUGCGCGCGUUGAAUAAGGUAAGCAGGGACGCGAGCGUCGUGCGGCAGCAGGUGAGACGGUCGCAGACGCCGCUGAGCCGUACGCCGUCGGUGAAACCGGGUCAUUACGAGCCCUUAGAGGAGACCGCCGACGGGCCCGACAUCCCCAACGAGGUGGUGCAGGUCCAGCGGGAUGAUCGGCUAGCCAGCCGAACCGCGGAUCAGGCUACCGUCGUUAACGGCGUCGAUCGCGCGCUGCACAUCCCCGCGCGCCCGGGUGCCGUCGACUCCACGUCGAUCGUCGUCGUCGACGUGGAGGUGCACGAGCGCAGAGAGACGCUGCCAGAGAAUCGGCGUUGA